GUUCCUGCCGUGCACCUUUGGCGAGGCAGCUCUGUUGACAGCUAGUAACCGCGAUCAGCGCGUCCUGCUGUGAGACGUAUACAUCGGUGUGGUGUUUCUCGAGUAAUGCUGCACUUGCAGCGUUGCAAUUCUCCGUGGAAGUGGAAAGCACUGCGGCUUUGAACCCAGAGAUAAGGAGUUUUGAGCCUCUAAGCAGACAUGUUCCGUGGUAGCCUGCGCGGCGACAUCAUUGCGCAGCAGGCUGCUUCAACGAGUUACAACCUGGCCAACAGCAGCCAGCACUCCUCCGCGGUGCAAGCCCGGCCCGAGCCCACUUCGCCCUGCACCCGCGGACGUCACUCGCGACCGCCUUUCGACCCUUCUCCAGAUCCACUGCACUGGAGUCGGCUGCUCCCUCAGCCUGCAACCUUCACCAUUCCUUUCAACGCGGGCAGCAGUCGGAGACCUGCGAACAUCCCUCUCCAUAACCUGAGCUCGUCCUCACGCCCCCGUGACAGCGAUUCCGCUUAUCUGCUCGACAACGAUAAGGAUAGCGCGCGGUCCUCGUUCGACACCCCGUCCUCGCUCUCCGACGACCUCUCGCUCUGGAGCGACACCGGCGAUCUCGUCGACCAGCUUGCCGACCAGGAAGACCCGCUCGCCAUCCGCUUGGAGAGCCACCUCCCCCCGCAGCACCGCCACAAGAAGCACGCCCGCUUCGCGUCGCAGAACAGCCUCCACGAAAAGGGCCACCGUGAACUCCGACUCGAGGACAUCGAGAUACCAGACCCCGGCCCACGAACUAUCUCGAAGGCAGAGAAGCUCCUUGCUCGAAUCAUGGCACCCAACGAUGGACCGUCCCGUAUCCACGGGCUGCACGGGAAGAAGCUCAUCUACUUCACCAGUGUCUUCGUCUCGUUAGGCGUGUUUCUCUUUGGCUACGACCAGGGAGUCAUGUCUGGUAUCAUCACCGGUAUAUACUUCAAGGACUACUUCAACCAGCCCACAGCCGUCGAGCUGGGCAGCAUGGUAGCUAUCCUGGAAGUUGGCGCAUUCAUCUCAUCCAUCCUGGUCGGCAAGAUCGGAGACAUCCUCGGACGCCGUAAGACCAUUCUGUACGGCUCGCUUAUCUUUGUCGUUGGUGGCGCUUUCCAGACCUUCGCCAAUGGCAUGCCCAUGAUGCUCUUGGGGAGAAUCGUCGCCGGUCUCGGUGUGGGAACGCUGUCUACGAUAGUACCCGUGUACCAGUCUGAGAUCUCACCGCCCCACAACCGUGGAAAGAUGGGUUGCAUCGAGUUCACCGGCAACAUUGCCGGAUACGCAUGCAGUGUCUGGGUUGACUACUUCUGCAGCUACAUCAAGAGCGACUAUUCCUGGAGAAUCCCGUUAUUCGUGCAGUGUGUCAUGGGCAGUCUACUGGCUCUGGGCAGUUUUCUAAUCUGCGAGUCGCCAAGAUGGCUUCUAGACAAUGACCAUGACGAAGAGGGUAUCGUAGUCAUCGCUAAUCUGUACGGAAAGGGUGACAUCCAUAACCCCAAAGCCCGCGAUGAAUACCGAGAGAUUAAGAUGAACGUGCUGCUCCAGCGACAAGAAGGUGAACGCUCGUAUAGCGACAUGUUUAGACGCUACUACAAGCGUGUCUUCAUCGCCAUGUCCGCCCAAGCCCUCGCACAACUCAACGGUAUCAACGUCAUCUCAUACUAUGCGCCGCUUGUAUUCGAAGAAGCGGGUUGGUACGGUCGCCAGGCCAUUCUAAUGACUGGUAUCAACGCGAUCACAUAUCUCCUGUCCACAAUUCCGCCGUGGUACGUCGUAGACACUCUGGGUCGUCGAAAGAUCCUGCUUUCUGGAGCCUUGAUGAUGGUUAUAUCGCUGUCUGCUAUCUCCUACUUCAUCUUCCUGCAGGCGAGCUGGACACCGAACAUGGUCGUCAUCUUUGUGAUGAUAUACAACGCGGCAUUCGGAUACUCAUGGGGUCCCAUCCCAUGGCUGUACCCGCCAGAGAUUCUGCCCCUCAGCAUUCGUGCGAAGGGCGCCAGUCUGAGUACCGCGACUAACUGGGCCUUUAACUGGCUGGUCGGCGAAAUGACACCUAUAUUGCAGGAAGCUAUCCAGUGGCGCCUGUACCUCAUUCAUGCGUUCUUCUGCGCUGUUAGUUUCGUCGUUGUCUACUUCAUCUACCCAGAGACCGCCAACGUCCGCCUCGAAGACAUGAACUCGCUCUUCGGAGACGCCACAACAGUUGCAGCCACACCGCAACAGCAGGCCGAGGUGGAGUCCUUGAUGAGCGGCAGCGGCCGUGGUCGUACAUCCGAACGCGGCGGCUCCCGUCUCGCUGCCGAAGCUGCCAUCCCUGGCCUCGACAUCGAACCGCCUGAUCUCGAGAACGGCAGGUCUCCUCCCAAGUCCGAGAACGGAGAUGGCGUCGGCGGCUGGAUCUCAAACAUGGUCAAAAGAGGCAAGGGAGACAACGGCAGCGCUGGCGGGAAGUACAAGCCUGUUGGGCAGGAUGAGGAGUAGACGUUUGCAACAUCUCACUGAUUGGCAUUUACUGGACACUUUUGCAUACUCUGGUCUUCGUUGCAAGCGACAUGGUUUGAUAUCCACGAGCCAGGCUGCUCGACAUGUAAGUUUUGGUUGAUAGAAGGGGCGAAGCAUUUUUGGGGGAUAGAGGCUGGAAAGCGUAAGCAUUGUACUGCUAUUCUGUUCGAGACGGCGAUUCGAUUGUCAAUAAAAGCUGUUCGGAUCUCACUGUUCGGCUUCUGAACCAUGGAUUGUGGCGUCAAGGAUUUCACUCCGAGUAAUUCCAUGACCCCUUUGCGAACACGAGUACGUCAGCUUUCACGUGGGAACAGAGGCCAGGUGUCAGCAAGUUCCCCCUACAGAUGGCGCUAGGCAAAUGCAGCUCCCCCGAACUCUGG